AUGCAUAAUUCAACAGCUCAACUUUCGGCCCGCCUCUUUCCUGGGGGUGGGAGUUUGCUUCAAACUUUGUUUAUGGGACAGUUCGGGAGCUGCUGUGGCUGCCGUCUGCUGCUUCUGCGCCUCCUUGUCGCCACGCGCGAGCGCCUGAGGCCGGCUCGGGGGAUGUGAAUGAAUCCGUCCUCGGCGCCCCCACCGCUCCCGCCGCCCGGGCAGCAAGUGAUCCACGUCACGCAGGACCUCGACACGGACCUCGAGGCCCUCUUUAACUCUGUCAUGAACCCCAAGCCCAGCUCGUGGCGGAAGAAGAUCCUGCCGGAGUCCUUCUUCAAGGAGCCCGACUCUGGCUCGCACUCGCGGCAGUCCAGUACAGACUCGUCGGGCGGCCACCCCGGGCCGCGGCUGGCCGGCGGCGCGCAGCACGUCCGCUCGCAUUCCUCUCCCGCAUCCCUGCAGCUGGGCACCGGUGCGGGCGCUGCGGCCAGCUCCGCGCAGCAGCACGCGCACCUCCGCCAGCAGUCCUACGACGUGACAGACGAGCUGCCGCUGCCCCCAGGCUGGGAGAUGGCCUUCACCGCCACUGGGCAGCCGUACUUCCUCAAUCACACAGAAAAAAUCACCACCUGGCAAGACCCCAGGAAGGCGAUGAGUCAGCCCCUGAAUCAUAUGAGCCUCCGCCCUGCCGUCACUUCCACACCAGUGCCUCAGAGUUCCAUGGCCGCAUCCCAACCAAACCUGGUGAUGAGUCACCAACACCAGCAGCAGAUGGCGCCCAGCACCCUGAGCCAGCAGAACCGCCCUUCUCAGAACCCGGCCGGGCUCAUGAGCUUGCCUACCGCCUUGCCCACCGCCCUGACCACACAGCAGCAGCAGCAGCAGAAGCUGCGGCUGCAGAGGAUCCAGAUGGAGAGAGAGAGGAUCCGCGUGCGCCAGGAGGAGCUCCUGCGGCAGGAAGCUGCCCUCUGCAGACAGCUCCCCAUGGAAGCYGAGACAAUGGCCGCAGUCCAGGCUGCUGCAAACCCUCCUGCCAUGACCCCAGAUAUGAGAUCCAUCACUAAUAACAGCUCAGAUCCUUUUCUCAAUGGGAAGCCAAUACAUUCUGCCAAAAUAGGAUUAGAUAAUUUAUUGGGUUUAGGCUGUCCCUCUCUCAAGACCUUGCAAGAAGUACUUACCAUGGCUUCCUUUCAUUCUGUUACAGGAGAAACCACAGGUCAGACACCUAUGAACAUCAACCCGCAACAGACCCGAUUCCCUGAUUUCCUUGACUGUCUUCCGGGAACCAAUGUUGACCUAGGAACGCUGGAGUCUGAAGAUCUGAUCCCCCUCUUCAAUGAUGUAGAGUCGGCUCUGAACAAAAGUGAGCCCUUUCUAACCUGGCUGUAAUGGCUACCAUUUUGUCACUGGGGUGCAGCGCAACCUGACAUUUCCUAGGCCUCUUGGAGAAAGCGACAGUGCACGGCUUUCUGCCUCUGUGACUCCUUUUCCUUCCUGUCCAUGUGGCCAGUUUCAUCAAUGCCUGGUUUCGAUUGACAGUAACUUAAGUUAAACAUGAAUAAAUGUUCUAUCUUUAUUUUCUGCAAGCCUGCAUWUCUGAGACAGAUGAUGCAGAAUUGUGCCUAGAGAAUUGGUUAUGCAGAAUUACUUCUCUUCAUUCUCUGCUGCCCCAUGGCUAAGCUUUAUGUGUAUUAGUUGAAAUUUAUGCAUAAAUUGAUUAUAAACUAUAGAAAGCUGAUCACAGCCAGUGAAUUCAGAUGGGCAGCUUGGUCCRGGAAAUGUGCACAAAAUUUGACCUGAUUUACGUCUCUAAAGCCGAGUGUAUUACAGUAGUACCAAGUGCUUUAAACCUACUCARUAAGUUUUACAACAUUGUUGUAUGGGUAGCAAAAUCCUGCUCUAUGGAAUGCAGCAUAGUUUUGAAUCCAUGCUGGCUCUGACAGCCUCUGAAAGAGGGACACAUAGUUCUAUUGGAGUGUCUCUUUGGUCCUCUGCUGCAUAGUAGCUGUACAACCUGGCCCUCCCAGCAGGAGGGUAGCAGCAGCAUCAGCCAUAGGCUUAUACUAGAGACCUGUGAAAGAGACCAAUUUCAGACUAAAAUGAGCAUUUAUUAAAUAAAACUUUUUUUAUAUUGCAACUUAGAUUUCUAAAAAAAAAUGCAGCUCAGAAUUCAAUGUUUAUUUUAUAAAACACUGUAAUUUUGUAGCUGACAACAAAGACCAGCUAGAUGUUUUUGAUAAAUCAGUGGCAACUGUAUUUUUGUCUUUUGAAACUAUUCUGAAACAUCAGGACAACAUAGAUUCAACCUGAUAGUACACGCAGUGAGCUGUUGCUUUUUAAAUUGUGAAGCUUUGUCAGUUUUGUUUUAAAAAUUUCUAAUGUUUUAAAUAAUCACAUCUAUGAAACUGAAGGAUGAAGCAGAUCUCUGACUGACGUUUAAAAAGUCGCCCUCCAAGGGUGUAGUGGAGACAUGUUUCUGAAUGCAGGAAAAUUGGUUCCUAUGUAUAUUAUCCUAACUCUGUUGCUACAGUUGGUCUAAAAAGGCAUGAGCUAUAUACUCAAUACCUCUUAUAAAAACAAGAAUCUCUCCUCAUUAGCCUUCAAGGACUGAGAGUGGCAUGUUCGCCUGGCACAAAGCCCCCUGCCUUGCCAAUGAAGUCCUCGACUGUUAAUGUUUUGAACUGACAUUAUUUAUACUCUAUGAAUUUAAUCUCUUUUUUCAAAGACAUUAAUAAUUCAGGUCUCUAAAAGGAAACAUUCAGUUCCCAUGGGGGCUUAUUUGUUGGGGAUCUUAAAUGAGAUCCUUUUUGAUCUACCAGAAUAGAGAUGCACAGAAUAUACUUGAUCUAGCUGGAAAGAAGGCAAGUGAAAAGGUCAGAGAUGAAGUGGUAAAUUGAAUGGCGCGUAGUGGAAAGGACACUAGUGUGACAUGGAGACAGACAAGGCAUAGUCCCUGAAGGUAGGACAGGCAAGUGUGAGAGGUGCCCCCACAGAGCAGAGCAGCAGCCUUCUGCCACAGGCUUUGUGCUAGGAGACUGUGGUAGAAGAAAAGAGGGCUUUGGUGCACUUUAUGGGAGUUGGGGGCCAGCCCUGUGGCACUGUCCCCAGGGCACUGAGCAGUAGGCAGACAUACGCAGGGACGGCUGUUGCCUGCGGCACUGACUGCCUGAGGUCAGGGGCUUUUGUUCCACUGAUUCCUUUUGCUCUCUCUAAGCAGAGAGAGGUAAGGAAGGUGUUUGUGUUGCUACUAAAUUGAAAGGGAACACUCUUUAUUUUCCUCUUUUGUUAGCAAAAAUUGCAAAAAGAGUUGUACAUUCUUUCUAAGAAAAAACAAAUAGAAGGGACCUAACAGAACUCAGCAGUGUUACUGUACUUUUAAAAGAUAUUUUUAUAGACUCAUUUUCAGGUUAUUAAAUGUAAAAGAUACAGAUACCCUCUUUUUUU